UUCUUUGCCGGCCGUCUUGCGGGAGCGGUGGAAAUAUCGUAGCACUUGGCUGUAAUCCUGUGUGCGAGUAAUAUGUACGGCGAUGGAGAAGCGGCCAUGUGGGACCGAGUUGGACGUCCACGGCGGGAAUGCAUGUGCUACUUGGGACCCCCGACUACUCUAAUGCCUAUCGGGAUGCGGAAAUCGCCGGACGUGAGCCCCAGGCGGCUGUCGGACAUCAGCCCCCAACUCCGACAGCUCAAGUACCUGGUUGUGGACGAAUCGAUCAAAGAGGACCUGAAAUCGUCACGGUCAGUCGAGGACAUCAACAGCGCGUCCAUCGAGGAGCGCAUCCUUAGGAUCACAGGAUACUAUGGGUACCAGCCGUGGAAUGCAGUUUAUAACAGGGAAGACCGGCCCCGGGACAACGCUGCAGGGGCGGCAGAUGGCCAGGCAGCGGGAAGUGGCGCCGGGGGCGACGCGGGUGGCAGUCGGCGGAAGCUCCGCUGCUGCGUGAGGGUUACGGCUGCCCAGGUGCGCAAGGCCUUGUGGGGCGUCGUCAUGGUGAUGUGCGUCUGCUCGUCAUGGGCAGGCUCCACCCAGCUGGCCAAGCUCACCUUCAGGCAGUUUGACGCCCCCUUCACCCUCACCUGGUUCGCCACCACCUGGAACUGCCUCUUCUUCCCCCUCUACUACGUGGGACACCUGUGCAAAAGCACGGAGAGGCAGACUCCGAAACAGAGGUUCAGGGAGUGCUGCAAGUUCUUUGGAGAUGACGGUCUGACAGCGAAGGUGUUCUUCACCAAGGUGGCCCCCUUCGGCCUGCUGUGGACCCUGACAAACUACCUGUACUUUCAGGCGCUCCGCAAGAUCAACACCACCGACGUGUCCACGCUUUUCUGCUGCAACAAGGCCUUCGUUUUCCUGCUGUCCUGGAUAGUGCUUCGUGAUCGCUUCAUGGGCGUCAGGAUUGUGGCGGCCAUCUUGGCCAUCGCUGGCAUUGUGAUGAUGACGUACGCCGACGGGUUCCACAGCCACUCCGUCAUUGGCAUCACCCUGGUGGUGUCCUCUGCCUCGAUGUCCGCACUGUACAAGGUGCUCUUCAAGCUGGUUUUGGGCAGUGCUAAGUUUGGAGAGGCAGCGCUCUUUCUGACCAUUGUGGGCGGGGCCAACUUCGUAUUCAUCAGCUUCGUCCCUGUCAUCCUCUACUUCACACAUGUGGAGUACUUUGGCUCACCAGACAACAUCCCCUGGGCCUUCCUGUGUGGGGUGGCAGGCUUGCUUUUAGCAUUCAACAUCCUGGUAAACUUCGGAAUUGCAGUAACUUACCCCACGCUGAUAUCCCUGGGAAUUGUCCUUAGUGUCCCUGUUAACGCCAUGGUGGACCUGUACACCUGUGAGAUCCAGUUCAACACAGUGCGCCUCAUAGCUGUCUUCAUCAUCUGCCUGGGCUUCCUAAUGCUGCUGCUGCCCGAAGACUGGGACCAGUGCUUGAUCCAGCUUAGCUCCAAGCUGCGCAAGAAGGAGGAGGCCAUCGAGGGCACCGGAGAGGCGGGCGCCUGUGCGGGACUCAACUGGAGUCGCAGGGGCCGGACGUCCAUGUCGACAUUCACACACUGACAUGUUGACCCCGCCUCUUAACGCCGGCCAGACCAAUCCUGCCUGGCAACCCGCUCACCUUUUAAAAUUAAGCCAUUCAUUUACUGAUGGGGAAGAAGGUCCUAUUUUUGUGCUCUACCAAAAGGAAGCAAAAAAAAAGCACAGCUCCAUCACUGUUUAUCCAUUCUUUGGAAGGACCUUUCGCAUCACUUGCACCCAUUUCUGGAAGCCCGGCCAGGAACCAUAACAGCGACAUCAUUCCAAAAGCAGCUGCUCAAACAGGGAUAAUGGUUGGCUUGAAGAUAUUUGCCGAAUCCAUGCCUGCUUUGCAUGCCGUGUGUGAGCUAAGCAAAGGCAAAAUUGGCAAGAGUGCACUCACCUUAAGCCUCUGCCACAGCUGGAACUAAAGGCCUUCUUUCACUGUACUGCUUACUCUACCAUAGAUUUUUGCCAAUAUGUUUUUUUGAGUAAUAACAAUAGCCACAUACCAGAGGGUCUAUACUGUGAUGGUAUUUAUGAGUUCUGACACAAGUUAAUUUCAUCGUCAAUGCAUAUUACAAUAAUUCACCCAGCAGACGACUGUGAAUUUAAAGCCUUUCUCUGUACUCUGUCGUGACCAGGAUGGCAGUCAUCUGCUUAAUGCUGGGGUGGGUGUGGAUUGCAUUCAAAAUAUUUCUUUUUAGAUACUUUUUAAGUUUAUGCUUAGCAUCAAUUCCACAUUUUUGGCACAGACAGUGAGCAAUUUGAACACUGUGAAUAGGUACUGCCAUAUCCCAGUGAGUAACAUUCUUCUACAAAGCUGAUGGGGGUAUGGACUUAUCAUGGGGGUGUGUGAGGUGUGUGUGUGUGAUCCUUGGUAUCCACCCUGCCAUGAAUGUAUGACCAUUUCUCUGACCAUCCACAUUAAGCUGUGUUCCCCUUCACACAUACAUCUCUUCGCCUUGGGUCUGGGCAGUUCUUCAUCUUGUCUGCAAAAGCUGAUUCUUCACCAGUCACCACAUACUACUCACCGUUCUGUAUGUUGCCAUUCAUUCGUCCUAGCACAGGUGCUUCAGCUGACUGAGUCUUGGGGGCUGCUGUCCCCUUCCUCAGCACGGUUUUCGGCUCCUGAAGCUCCUUGACUGAGCAACACUCACGAAAUGCCAGGUUUACGAUUUCUCACUUCAGGAGAACAGCAAAGCCUUUGCCACAGAACGAGACCCCUGGAGAUACAGCUUACAUUAGGUGAUUCUGUGCAGCGUAACUUGCCCAACCUAUAACACUGUAUUGUUACACAGUGUAUAGAGUUACCAGAGAUUCAGCUUUGCCACCUUGUCAGGGAGCAGUGCCAGUAUCUUUGAUUCAAACUAUAUCAUGAACACCAGAUGCCCUAGGAAAUACACAACUUUGGCUUGUUUGAAAGCUAUUGAUGUCUUGAUGUUUAACUUGAAUGCAAGAUAAACAGAUGAAAUUUAGGGCAGACACCACUCUGUCAAUAUACUGAAGUAUAUAUGGUGCUACCUGAACAGAACGUGAAGUCGACUCAAAGAUAAGAGCAUGCGGGACGCAAGCUGUGUGGUUCUAUCGCCUUUUUUUGCAAUAGAAAACAUCAAUGCUGUCACCCAUUGUCAUUUUUUACAAUGGCAAUAAAAUAUUAUAUUGUAUUCCUCUGGGAUUAUUGCUAGAUGUAACUGUAAACCUUUGUAAGGAAUGAUGGUUUUUACACUGAAAUGCAAUGUAAGAUCACAUUUGAGGGGGAAAAAAGCGUGUGAAUAAAUUAUACUUCGGUUUA